AUGGAUUCUAAGAAAGCUCCUAUAGCCUGGAGAAAAUUCUAUGAUCCUAAAACCUGUGGUGGUUGGAACCUGGUUAACAUGACUCUUUGGAAUAAGGCUGCAAUGCUUAAGCUACUAGAGACUUUGCAGUUGUUGGGAGGAUGGAAUGAGGUGUGUAAAGCUGGCAAAUUCAGUAUUAAGCAAGCCUAUAAGCUCCUUCAAGGUAUACAACAGCAUGUUCCUUGGAAAAGACUUAUUUGCAACAAUCAUGCUUCACCAAAGAGCAAGUUUAUUGUCUGGUUAGCUAUUCAAAAUAAACUGGUUACCACAGAUAGGCUUAUCAAGUGGAAUGUUCCUUGCAGAGCUAUUUGUUGUCUUUGUGAUAGAGAAGAGGAAAGUGUGCAACACUUGUUCUUUGUGUGUGAUUACUUUGCUAGUAUUUGGAGAAGGGUGUGUCAGAUCAUUGGUGCUUCAAGCUCAGGCAGUACCUUUGAUCAGGAGUGUGUCAUAGCUAUUGCUAAAGCUAGGGGAAGUACAAGAAAGGCAAAGAUUUACACAAUGUGCUUCAGUGAAACCAUCUAUGCUGUGUGGGGUCAAAAAAAAAAAAUUUUCAAUGGCAAGUGCUUAGAUUGUAGUCAGGUGGUUAAAGAAAUUAUUUUCAGGGUAGCUUGCUUAUGUAAAGAGGAAGAUAGACAUUUGUAG